UUUGUAGUGCACUAAGCAUCAUGGUUUCAUCGGCAUAAGGAUACCUAAAAAGGCUAGAUUCUCUUGCUCAUGACCUCUGAUUUGCUCUCAUCGAUGGCUCUUGAACAUAACUAUUCAAAGGCGAAUCUCACACAACCAGACUUGAAAAGACUUGGACUUGAGCCUUUCGAAGAAUAUCACGUAUUUGACAAUCCGGUCUCAGUCAUUUAUCUAAACCAUAACGAUGAGAAGUUCCUGAUGAUUGUUGAUGAAGUUCACAAAUACUGUGAUGGGACCCUGAAGAUAAUCCGUGAACAGCUUAAACCAAAGAAAGACGAACUCGACAAGAAAUCGAAAGAAGCUUCCAAAGAUGAACUCAAGGAACUCCAAAGGACAGAUAACAUUCUGAAAGCAAUCGAGAAACAGCUUGACAGAAGAAAGUGUCUUAGGAACUACAAGCAUGCACUAAAUCUGUGCAAGCACUACUAAAGAGCUCAGAAGUGAAGAUACCCAGCAAGAUGGCACUCGAUCACAAAGGGGGAGAUUGUUAGAACUAUUUUAUUGUGAAUAAAGUUUGUUUGUAAUGUCUUGUUUAAUAAAUUAUAAUAGAUGUACCAUUUAUGGUAUUAGUAUUAUUAUGUAAUAAUUGGUAGUGAGGGAAUAAGGCCCAAAAAGGCU